UUUUUCUUUCAUCAUUGACCAACCAGUAACGAUUAAGUAUGUUAUAAAUAUCAAACACUUUUUCUUUGUAACUUUUGAUAAAUUUUCUGAUAAAUAAAUUAAUAAAAAAAUGGAUCGGACUAUGACUACCAGUUUGAGUCUCUGCCAAAAGUUGUCAUUCAGUUUAGGACAUUUUUACAAUGAUUUGUGCUCAACGAUGUGGUUCACUUACUUAUUAAUUUUCUUGACGGAUAUUAUUGGUCUAUCAAAUGAAAUGGCGGGAUACCUUCUCCUACUGGGACAAGUUGUUGAUGCUGUGAGCACGCCCUUCCUGGGUUACGAAUCGGAUGCUGCGAAUGGACUCUGUGGCUAUAGCAAGAGAAAAAGUUGGCAUUUGCUAGGCACAAUAUUUGUAACCUGUUCUUUCACAUUUUUAUUCCUGCCAUGCUUUGGGGGAGCAAAUGCAGAAGAUUGGGCUAAGUUCAUUUACUACUCACCAUUUGUCAUUCUAUUUCAGUUUGGAUGGGCUGCUGUACAAAUCGCCCACAUGACACUUGUCACUGAACUGACACCAGAUGAAUCAGAACGAGUUGGUCUCAACUCUUACAGAAAUGCCAUGACCUUGUUUGCCAAUGUGUUAGUGUAUGGUAUUGCAUGGAGUUUGUUUCAUAGGGAUUCGAAUGAGCAGUGGAGUCAACAGGACACUUCUCUAUUCAUGAUACUGAUGUUUGCAGUGGUGGCAAUCGGAGUGACAUGCACGAUCUUCUUCCACAUUUUCACGAAGGAGCCAGGUGACUUACGGGACCAAUAUGAGAAUCAAGUCCUCAUUCAACGUGUCGAUGACCAGCCGAAGAUGGAGUGGGCAGAUUGGUUGAAGGAACCCCAGUUUUAUCUUGUUGGCAUUUGUUACAUGUUUGCCCGCCUCAUUUCAAAUGUCUCACAAACCUACUGGCCGUUUUACAUCAUCGACUCCCUCCAUCUGACUAAACAAUAUGCUGCCAUCAUCCCCCUCGUUGUCUUCGUGUCGGGCUUCAUAACCUCAUUACUCAUGAGGCCACUGAACAAAGUGUUUGGCAGGAAACCAACUUUCCUAUUGGGCAGCAUCGUAAUGGGCAUGGCCUUACUCUGGAUGGCCUUCCUCGAUUACAACUCAUCCAAGCAGGUCUUUGGUUCGGCGGUCAUUAUCGGUGUUGGCAGUACAACCUUGCUGGUCACUGCUCUGUCUAUGGUGGCUGACGUCAUUGGAGAGCAAACUUCAAGCAGUGCCUUUGUCUAUGGUGUAAUGAGUUUCGGGGAUAAGUUAUCAUCUGGAGUGACUCUCAUGCUCAUUCAACUCCUCGAACCACACUGCCAUCUUUCAUCAGAUUCACUAACACAUUGUCCCGAGGUGGGCAUAUAUUUCCAGAGGAUCAUGGUUUAUCUUAUGGUUGGAUUUACUGGCGUGUGUUUCCUCUUGUACUUCUUCCUCCUACCAUUCACUCUGGGAGUCCUCAGAAAGUACGAUCGUCUCGCGGGAUACAGAAGUUUCAAUGGCGACCCUCCACGCGAUUUCAUCACCCAACAAGAUUCCAGCGUUUCAUAUCAGAACCCUUCUACACAAUAAUUGUUUUGCUAGGGUUCAUUGAAUUAGAUCUUCACAAUUUUUGUCAUGGUACAAGCAUAUUGUCAUAUUGUUUUUUAUGCCGUAUAUUAUACUCUAAAUGUAUUUGAGAUUUAUCUUAAGUAAUUCCAUUUUUGUAUUUCAUAUUCGCGUUUAUUGCAGUUGUAUUUUUUAUUUAUUCGACAUUUUAAUGCAAUUUGUUCACUUGUGAAGCAACAGAAAUUACAAACAUUUACAAAUUGAGUCAAAAAUUACCUUUUUUUAUGUCGGAAAUAUGUCGUGAGAUUGUUGUAUAAUAAUGUUUGAAAUGUUUUGCCAAAUAUUAAAUUUGCUAUUAUUACCUUUUCUUAGCUGGUUUGAUAAAAAAAAGUGUGCGAAAUUGAAAA